CUUAUUUGCCAGGGUGUGGCUCAACACAUCGUAGUCAAGUUUAAUCCUCCUCCUACUACUUCAUCCUCAUUCCUGCUGCUGCUUCGGUCUGUACUGCGGUCAUCUGCUUUAAAACGGAAACUCUUCUUUCGGCUAUUUCUUCAGCUUCAAACACUUUGAAGUCCGUGAAUCUCAAACAUGGCUGGCAGAGGAACAGUGAAACCCCACAGUGGAUUCAAUGCUAAUAAUGAUGCUGAGGUUCUCUACAAGGCCAUGAAGGGACUCGGCACCGAUGAGGAUGCUAUUCUCCAGCUGUUGACAGCACGCAGUAAUGCACAGCGCCAAGAAAUCAAAGCUGCUUUCAAAACCCUGCAUGGAAAGGAUUUAGUGGAUAAUUUGAAGUCGGAGCUUGGUGGGAAGUUUGAGUCUCUGAUAGUAGCUCUGAUGACUCCUCCCAUCAUGUUUGAGGUCACAUGUCUGCGGGAUGCUAUCAAAGGAGCAGGCACAGAUGAGAAAGUGUUGAUUGAGAUCUUGGCAUCUAGAUCAGCCAAUGAAAUCAACGAGAUCAAAAGUUUAUAUAAGCGAGAGCAUAAUGAUGACCUGGAGGAAGAUGUGACUGGUGACACUGCAGGUCAUUUCAAGAGGAUGCUGGUUGUUUUGUUACAAGCCAGCAGACAACAGGGUAUACAAGAGGGCCUCAUCCAAAGUGAUGCUCAGGCUCUGUUUGCUGCAGGAGAACAGAAGUAUGGAACUGAUGAAGGUCAAUUCAUCACUAUACUGGGAAACCGUAGUAGUGCUCACCUUAGGAGAGUGUUUGAGGAGUAUAGGAAGCUCUCAGGGUUUGAGAUAGAGGAGAGCAUCCAGAGAGAAACCUCAGGAACCCUUCAAGAAGUACUGCUGGCUGUGGUGAAGUGUGCCCGCAGUGUACCAGGUUAUUUUGCGGAGAGCCUUUACGGUGCCAUGAAGGGGGCAGGCACCGAUGACCAGACAUUGAUUAGGAUCAUGGUUUCUCGCAGUGAGGUGGACAUGCUGGAUAUACGUGCUGAAUUCCGCAAGAAGUUUGCAACAUCUCUGCACAAAAUGAUUCAGGGUGAUACCUCAGGUGACUACCGUAAAGCCCUGCUGCUGCUGUGCGGUGGGGAUGAUGCAUAAGCCCUGCCACCCUCUCUGUCUGGGUCAGAUCCCAUGACUCCCAUCCCACUGGCAGCCCUGUGGGAUGAGGGCUCAGUCCACUUCUGAACCAGAUUCAGGACAAAUUACAAAAACACAACAUUCCAAAUCAAUAGAAAGAUCCUCUUGUCCAAAUGUGAAGAUGCUUUGCAUAGCACAGAAUAACUUUAAACGGAUUCAAAUAAGCAAAUUUGGCAUUCAUAGUUCCCGUGUAAAUGUGUAAAAGAUUUAGAGUAAAAAAUCAUUUUAGUAGAAGCUUAAACACCUUCUCUUUUCCAUAAUCCAAGAAAAGUAUAUAAAAAAAAAUUCUCUGCUUGAUUUGGCCUUAACUUAAUCCAUUACAGAAAAAGAAAGUCCUACUCAUUUCUUUUUAAAAAAGAAAAUGCAAGUCUUAUAAAAUUUAUUAAAAUAAUAUCUAUCAACCCAGCACUAUUAUAAAGAAGACCAAAGAUUCGGGUGUACUCUAUGAAGCAAUAUUUUUUAUGUAUUCAACCAUUUUACACUUAUUUAUUGUUUGUAUGCUCACUAACUUGAUAUUUCAGUUUACAGCAAUAUAGUAUAGUAUUCUCAUAUUGGCAUUAUUAAUUAGCAAGUUUAUUUCACUGUUUCUGUUUAAGCUUUUUGUGUCUGUGUGUGUUUUAAACUAGACUGGUGUUAGUGAAAGGAAAGGUUCACUGUGAGGUUUAUUUCAUCAAUGUUCCACUUUUAGUGUAAACAUACCGUCAGUGAUUUAGAAUGACCCACAGCAAUUGAAGAUUAGCAGAAAGUUUGUCCUCUUAAAGGUUAUUAAUGAUCAUUAAAAUCUUAAGAAAAAGGUGCUAAUACUAAAAUGUUUUAAUAUUUCAUUGCCAUAAUGUUCUCAAUAAACAUUCAUGAAAUAAAAGCAA